GCCAUUCAAGCCACGAGCGUGAUGCUUAAUUUAGCGGAAGCUUGUUUACAUUGGUCAUUUGACAAGGCAUACUCUCCCUGCCCUCUGCUGCAUAUUCCCUUGCCUCUUUCGGCUCUCUCUCAGUCUGUGUCCAGAGUUUAACUCUAUGCAGCAUUCUUUCGCACUCGAUACGAAUACUACAUUCCACGGCAAUCGACGGUCAGACUCAGCUUGACGUAAACGCUCUCCACACCAAAACGCACGCCAAGCCUUCAGCCCCAGACAGCAGCAAGCUUGGGUGGGUUUAAUUGGUCAAUUUGCACGCUAUCCUUUCAGCUCAGGCUUUGAUUGACGCCAAAACAUUCGCUACCCCUGAGUAUGCUGUAGGGCUGAUUCGUGACUGGAUCACGGCACAUGGACCAUAACUAAUAUCACAUUGGCGAGACAUGGUGAAUCCUUCGGGCGGUGGGUGGAAAUGAAGUGAGACUAGCUACGGUACUAGACAGGCCAUUUACUGGGGAAUAUAAACUAUUAAAGGAUGGCUUGAUCCUCUUGUUCUGCCUGUCUCUCCCUUCACCACCACUCUCUCUAUCUUCAGUCUAUCUCAAGUUUAGAUACCUCAGACCUUCAAAAUGCAGUCCAUCAUCCUCACCUCCCUCCUCGCCACCGCCGUGAGCGCCAACUUCAUGGCCCACCCCCUCAUGAAGCGCGAUCUCCUCGCUCCCCGCGCAACCGCCCCAGCCGUCGGCGGCAUCACAGGAGAGUGCCAAACCGCCAUCCUCGACGUCUACAAGACGCUCCCCACGCCUCCCCCCGCCAUCGUCUCCGACCUGACCGAGAACCCCCAGACGGACCCCUGCUCCUUCAGCACCCCCGCCUCCCUCUCCAAGGACUACGCCAGCUACAGCUCCCAGAUCCUCUCGUGGUACAGCAAGAACGAGGACGAGAUCAAGUCUGCGCUGUCCGAGUGCCCUGAGCUGAGCCAGUAUGCCACCGCCGUUCCUGUCUGCGCUACUGCUGCUCUUGGUGGAAAGGGUGGUUCCGGGGAUGCUACUACCACUGCUGAGAAGCCUGAGAAGACUUCUGCUUCUGGUGACAAGACCACUGCUGCUGCGGGUGAGGAGACUUCUGCUGAGAGCGAGGCUUCUACUCCUACCUCUUCUGCUGCUGCUGUUGAGACCAACGGUGCUGCUCGUGAGGGUGGUUUCAUCUACGCUGCUGCUGCUGUUGCCGGUGUUGUCGUCGCUGCUCUGUAAGAGGCCUUCGACAAGGAGAAGUGGUUGGCUAUCUGUGAGAUUUAAGUUUAUCUGCUUUUAAUACAAGACAUUUCUCUUUCACAAACCUCGUCCAAAUGUAAUCAUGAGCACC